UGUCAGCGCCCUCCAGUUGGAAACUUAAAACCAGGCAAAACUGCAAAUCAAAGAACAACAGUUUCAGUUUUGGAUUAGUUUUUGUUCAGACAUCUGUGCCCCCGUCUCUUAAUUUCAGUGAUCUGGUCGAAUCCAGUCUGGGCAAAGCGGACGUCGUGGUGCGAGAUAAUCGGCAGCCGAUAUGAGUUAAUGAGGCGGAGAUGCGGGAGGACCAACUUCGCCUCGACAGGUGGGUCUCCAGUGAGCGAGAGGGGUACAAGACGGAGGAGCAGACAGAAUAAAGAGGGCGGAGAAGUGGACAGAAAGUGGACAGGGAAGGAGGUCAAUAAAGCAGAGUCACUUCCCAUAUUUUCGCUAUGGAGACGGGACAAAGCGCGCAGAUCACCGACAUGGUUGGAGAGCACUCCCCGGCACUCUGCGCGCUGGAGCGUGACAGGGACCGGGAGAGGUGCGAGGUGUCCAGCCCUUGCCUGAUAGCCAAGCAACGCUCCCUGCGGGUCGUGUACGUCCUGAACGACGGGCUGAAGUCGGUGAUGGCGAGCAGCCCGGAGUCCGGAGCGUUGCAGUGCCUGCAGAGAGCCUGCGACGCGGAGAGCGCGCUGCUCACCACCGUCACAUUCGGAAGGCUGGACUUUGGAGAAACAUCAGUGCUGGACAGUUUCUACGAUGCAGACAUUGCUGUUGUGGACAUGAGCGAUGUGUUUCGGCAGCCCUCCUUGUUUUACCACUUGGGUGUGAGGGAGAGCUUCGACAUGGCCAACAACGUCAUCCUAUACCAUGACAUGGACCCCGACACAGCCCAGUCACUAAAGGACAUGGUGGCACAGAAAAACACUGCAUCCAGUGGUAAUUACUACUUCAUCCCUUACAUAGUGACUCCAAACCAUGAGUAUAUGUGCUGUGAGAGUGAUGCACAGCGCAGGGCCAGUGAGUACAUGCAACCCAGUUGGGACAACUUGUUGGGGCCACUGUGUGUCCCACUGACCGAUCGUUUCACCAACCUGCUGAAGGAUAUCCAUGUUACAUCCUGUGCCUCUUUUAAGGACACCCUGCUCAAUGAUAUCAGAAAGGCCAGGGAGAAAUACCAAGGAGAGGAGCUGGCCAAGGAGCUUUCCCGUAUCAAGCUUCGAAUAGACAACACUGAGGUCUUAACACAGGAUAUUGUCAUGAACCUGCUGUUUUCCUACAGAGACAUACAGGACUAUGAUGCAAUGGUGAAGCUUGUGCAGACUCUGGAAAUGCUGCCAACUUGUGACCUGGCCACUCAGCCCAUGAUCCAGUUCCACUAUGCAUUUGCCAUUAACAGGAGGAACAGUCCUGGAGACAGAGAGCAGGCUCUCAGAGUGAUGCUCCAGGUGCUGCAGUCAUGUGAACAUCCUGCACCUGACAUGUUCUGCCUCUGUGGACGGAUCUAUAAAGACAUUUUCCUUGACUCAGACUGCAAAGACACCAUAAACAGAGACAAUGCUAUACAGUGGUACAGGAAGGGCUUUGAGCUGCAGCCCACUCUCUAUUCUGGCAUCAACCUUGCUGUCCUCCUCAUAGUAGCGGGCCAGCAGUUUGAGAGCUCCAUUGAGCUACGAAAAAUAGGUGUGAGGUUGAACAGUCUUCUGGGGCGCAAGGGUUCCCUGGAGAAAAUGAAUAACUACUGGGAUGUGGGCCAGUUCUUCACCGUUAGCAUGUUAGCUAGUGAUAUCCCUAAAGCUACUCAAGCUGCUGAGAAGCUCUUUAAACUGAAGCCACCUCUAUGGUAUUUACGGUCAGUGGUGCAAAAUCUGCAGCUAAUCCAAAGGUUUAAGAAGCAGGCCGUGGAACACUCUCCCCAGCGAGAGAGACUCGACUUCUGGAUGGACAUUAUUGUUGAGGCCACACAAGACACCACCAACAGACUGCGGUUUCCUGUGUUGAUUCUAGAACCAACUAAGAUUUACCAACCCUCCUAUGUGUCUAUUAACAAUGAGGCUGAGGAAAUGAACGUCUCCAUCUGGCAUGUUUCCCCUGCUGAAACGAAGGGAAUCCAUGAGUGGAACUUCACCGCUACAUCCAUCAAGGGCAUUAGCAUCAGUAAGUUUGACGAGCGCUGCUGCUUCUUAUACGUCCACGACAACUCUGAUGAUUUCCAGAUCUAUUUCUCCACUGAGGAGCAGUGCGGUCGGUUCUGCUCCAUGGUGAAAGAAAUGAUAUCUGAUGGUACAGGGAAUGCUGCAGAGCUUGAAGGAGAGGGUGAUGGAGAUACAUUGGAGUAUGAGUAUGACACCAACGAGACAGGGGACAGGGUAGUGCUGGGGAGGGGAACUUAUGGAGUGGUGUAUGCUGGGAGAGACCUGAGCAACCAGGUCCGGAUUGCCAUCAAAGAAAUUCCUGAAAGAGACAGCCGAUACUCGCAGCCCCUUCAUGAGGAAAUUGCCCUUCACAAGUACCUGAAGCACAGAAACAUCGUUCAGUAUUUGGGUUCUGUUUCUGAGAACGGAUACAUCAAGAUCUUCAUGGAGCAAGUGCCUGGAGGAAGCCUGUCCGCAUUGCUGCGGUCAAAAUGGGGCCCUUUGAAGGAGGCGACCAUCAUUUUCUAUACCAGGCAGAUCCUGGAGGGGCUGCGUUACCUGCACGAAAACCAGAUCGUCCACAGAGACAUUAAGGGUGAUAAUGUGUUGGUAAACACUUAUAGUGGCGUCUUGAAAAUCUCUGACUUUGGAACCUCAAAGCGGCUGGCCGGAGUCAAUCCCUGCACAGAAACAUUCACAGGCACACUGCAGUACAUGGCUCCAGAAAUCAUUGAUAAGGGCCCUCGAGGCUACGGGGCCCCAGCGGACAUCUGGUCUCUGGGAUGUACCAUCAUAGAAAUGGCGACUGGGAAACCUCCAUUCCAUGAGCUGGGAGAGCCCCAAGCUGCCAUGUUCAAGGUGGGCAUGUUUAAAAUCCACCCAGAGAUCCCAGAGUCUUUGUCGCUGGAGGCCAAGUCCUUUAUCCUGCGGUGCUUUGAGCCCGACCCUCACAAGAGAGCUAUUGCCUCGGACCUGCUCAGAGACCUUUUCCUCAGGCACAACACUAAGGGCAAAAAGAGCAAGAUCGCCUUCAAACCAUCAGACUAUAUCCAAAAUGUCUCCAUACCAGUGCAGCUGCAGGGCGAGGCUGCCGGUAGCAGCAGCAGUGAACACGGCUCUGUGAGUCCAGACUGCGACUCCAAACAAGAUGUUUUCUUCCAGAAGAAGAAACGCUCUGGCUCAGAAAACCUCCUCAAACCCUCCAACUCCAGUUACCUAAGUGUUCCAGAUGAGAGUUCUGUGUCCGAGGACCGCAGUGGCCCCGCUUCACCUGAAGACAGGGACAGCGGUCUGUUCCUGUUGAAGAAGGACAGCGAGAGACGGGCUAUUCUGUACAAGGUCCUCAAUGAUGACCAGGAAAAGGUCAUCUCCAACCUCAAAGAAAACCACAUCCAGGGCAGUGAAGAGCUCCAGCUGUCUGUGGAUCACAUCAAGCAGAUUAUCUGCAUCCUUCGGGACUUCAUCCACUCUCCGGAGAGGCGUGUCAUGGCGGCCACUAUCUCCAAGCUCAAGCUGGACCUCGACUUCGACUCCACCUCCAUCAACCAGAUCCAGCUGGUGCUGUUUGGCUUCCAGGACUCGGUGAACAAGGUCCUGAGAAAUCAUCACAUUAAACCCCACUGGAUGUUUGCUAUGGACAACAUCAUCCGCCGGGCUGUGCAGGCUGCUAUCACCAUCCUCAUACCAGAGCUGCAGACACAUUUUGGACCGGCGUCAGAAUGUGAGGGGGCAGAGAAGGAUGAUGAAGUCGAUGAAGAGGAAGCAGAGUUCGGCCCUGUUUUAGCUUCAAACUCAGAUGACCCGGGGACAUCAGCUGACCCCGCCCACUCUGUCGUCAGCGUACUGAACACCUCCCACUCCCAAGAACAUCAACGAUCGCAUCAUAACCUGGGAGUCCAGCUGGGGCGUCUUAAACAGGAAACCAACAGGAUGCUGGAGGAACUGCUGCAGAAGGAGAAGGAGUAUCAGCAGGUCCUGAAGGCCACACUGCAGCAGAGGACACUCGACCUGGAGCUGGUCAGACUCAGACACAGACCACCAGACAUCUCACCUCCCUCCAUCCUUCACAUCCCAGCGGAGCAUGAGCCGGACAAGCUGCUCACUGAUUGGCUGAAAGAACAGGGUGCAGAUGCUGACACUAUAGACAAGUUUGUGAUAGAAGAAUACACACUGAAUGACAUCCUGAAUGACGUUAGCAAAGAUGAGCUCCGCUGUCUACGCCUUCGGGGUGGAGUCCUCUGCCGGAUCUGGCGAGCCAUCCAGAGGCACAGAGAACGAGAGAGGCUGACGGGUGACAAACACUCCAAAGAUAAAGCAUGACUACAGCUGCAAUUCUAAAUUGUGCAGGAGACCUGCACACAUUGACACAUUACCAGCACCCUUCUCUGCCUGUCUCCACUGUGCCUUUUCAUGUUUCCAUCUUUGUGUUAAACGUACAGAACUGACUGAAUUCAUGCAGUUUUUGCUGACCAGGCCAAAGCGCCUUAGUGCGGGCACUACUUUAUUAUCUUUGUGUAUUUAAGUGUUUGUGUUCUAUAAUGUGUUUGUGCUUGAGAUUUUUAAAGGAUACAAAUCCUUGUUAACAGAAACAGUUUAAAGUCUUUGCUAAAUGUUUCUUUAGCUCUGCCCUAAACUGGAAAGUGAUUGUAAUUAGUCUGUGGUUUUAUCCUCUUAGAAAAUUCAGUUUUAUAUACAUAUAUAUAUAUAUAAAAAACUAAACCGCAAAAGUAUUGUAGCAAACCACCCUUUCAUCCCCACUAAGCCAGGGAUUAGCCUACAUGAAACUGACCAUGUCUGAAACCAGGUACCACAGUGGAUCCGUUUGAGUCCUCUACCUUCUGCGGUACUGUGCAGACAGCGAAGCCGCACAACUCGAGGAUAUGACGUCAAUGUGAUGAACACGCACCGAUUCCCAAUCCACCCUCCCAUGUGUUUUUUAUGCUUUAUAGUCAAGCAUUUUUUGAAGAAGAAGCUCAGCUUCUUUAUUAGUCCAAAUAAAUGUUUCUCCUUUGCUUCGCCGUGAAUCCUCAGCUAUCUUCUCUUCUCUGCUUCCGAUGUGAACUUCCUGCAACACGCAGUGAGCCUUUACUUGCGCAUGCGUUGUUUUGCUCUUGCUUUGGAGUGUUACUCUUUAGCGCCCCCCACAGCCUGUAGUAUGUACUACAGCGGUGUCGUGGGGAUAGCCUUUCUACUAGUUGCCACCGUUUUUGCCACCGUUUUCACACCUGAACCGGCUUCGGUGCCAUGUGGAUAUAGCCUUAAUGCUAAAGGACACUACUUCUUCUGACUGUUCAAAAGAAAAAUCAAGAUGAAAAGGAAACCUGAACACAGAGAACAAGAUGUAUCAAGGUCUUACUUCUUAAAUGUGAGCAGACACAUCUUUUAACUUCAUGAAGCCCUGCUCGCCUGACCUCGUAGAUGCUGUAAACUGACUUUAAGGCAUCUAAGAAACAUACUGUUGCCUCUACGUUUCACUCUGAGUGCUCAUUAUGAAUCAAUAUGCUAUAAAAAUCACACCAUUCUUUUUCACUUAAGCAAAUGGUUUUAGAAGAUGCUGUGGUUAGAAAGCUGGAUUUGAUCAGAGCCUGGAAGAUCCUGGAAAGAGACUACAGGUUUAUCCCCAAGUCCUAAUGGCCCAAUUUCCAGUAUAAUAUCAGGCUUGUUUUAACAUUUAACAAAAUAAAUAAAUAAAUAAAUUAUUAAAAUAAAAAAAAAUGAAAAUACAUUUAGGAAUCUGUAUAAAAUAAAUAGAAAAGAAAAGAUAAUAGGCAGCUGACAAAAGGCAGAAUGCAAAAACCACCAUAAAUAAAUAUUUAUUGAUUUUUUUUCCUAACUUUUCACAUUUUACAUUCCAAUUGGCAACCUUGGAUGUUAUGUUAGCAUGUGGUUGAUAUGUGAAUAUUAAUGUAUCUCAUGCCAGCAAUUUUCCAACUGACCUUUUACUGAAAAUAAGGGAUGUUAUGAAAAUUACAACCUUAAAAUAAAAGGUAUUAAACCAGCCACUCAUCUCAACUACUGUUUUCAUAUUAAUUUAUCUGUAUCAUCUUUCUUCUCCCCUGUGUGUAACUGUUUUUAAUAAUUAUUAUUGCUUGUUUUUUUUAUUCCAUCUGUCAUUCAUUGUUUAUUUAUGUGCCUUGAAACUGCAAUAAAUGUCAGAGAUCUCC